CCCCACCCACCCUAGUGAAAUUAAGUCCAUCAUCCCAAGAACAAGAACAAGCAAUAGCAGACCCAGGGUUUCAUAUCUAGGGAUUUUUGUUUCUUUCACAUUGGCUCUUUUCCUUCUCCUAUCUGAUAUACAAGAGCUCAUGUGAUUACUCUUGCUUUCAUGAGAUACUCCCUCAAUUUCAGGAAUUAGGAUUCCUUUGGAGCUAGAAUUAGAAGAAAGGAGAAGAUGUUUAGAGCUGUGAUUAGGUACUUUUCGACGAAACCCAAGCCCAAAAUGAAACCAAUAGAGCUCAAAACACCGCCUGAGCAGACACAGACCAUAACAAGGGCAAUCUUCGACAUUUUAAAGGAGCAUGGCCCUCUUACUAUUUCAGAAACUUGGGAAAGGGUUCAGGAAGUUGGACUUAGAGGAUUGACAAGCAAAAGGCAUAUGAAAAUAGUGUUGAGAUGGAUGAGGGAGAGGCAAAAGCUUAGAUUAAUCUGCAACCAUGUAGGGCCUCACAAGCAAUUUCUUUACACAACUUGGUUCACGAAACCUGUUGUCAAACAGGCAAAAGUAGACAACGGACCUUCGCCUCCGAGGUUCCCUUGAGAUUGAACAGUUUGUGCUGCCUGAGGAACUUUUUCUAACUAUUAUAUCAUUCUAUUGUCUGUCUCUUGCAAUCCCCCAGUAAUUUAUGCAGCACAAGUUAAAAACUUUACAAAUCCUGCAUAGAUAGUUGAUGUUUAAGAAGUUGGAGCAGAUUCGAAGGUGACUCACUGGACAUGAGAUUCAGCAUGCUUCAAUGGCAGAUGAACUGAAUUUGAAAGGAAUUAAGCUCAGGAUCUGCCUUGGAAUUAUAGUGACAGUAGAAAUUAGAUUAUGAUGGAUAUGUUGAAAAAUAAAUUCAGAUUUGGGAGCAGAUAAUGGCAACUGGGGGUAAGAGUAAAGAGUUAGAUUUUCUCAGUAUCCAUCCAAAGCCUAUUUGAUGUUGGGAUGAAAAUGGUGCGUCUAAUCCAUUUCCUUCCACAUGUAGAGAAGAGCGAGUGACCAUGGUUGAGGGAAGCUCCUUUGCCUCCUUCCUGCUGGAGCAACAAGACUAGAGAAAAUAUGUUAUUUUAAUUAAAAUAAUCAUUUGGGAUAUUUCAUCCAUCACUCUCUUUUUUAUGUUCAAAAAAUUAAAAAUUAAUUAUUAAUAAAAUUAUUUUAUCUUAAAUAAAA